UUGGUUGAAUAAAAGAAGUUGGUGAAACAGACAAGAUAGCUAUAAUGUGUAUCAAUGCAGUAAGGCCUUUAGCCCCUUGUCAAUUGGUAGGCCAAUUGAUCUAAAUUCAAUCUCUUUUCAAUUUUUUCAUUUUUAGCGACAGAAAGCAGCACCAAAGGUCCCGGUAAAAUGAUGAAAUUCAUGAAGAAAAACAUGAUUCAAUCGAUAUCCACGGACGCCUGGGACAUUGGUGUGUUUGAAUUUGAAGGCUCUUUGUACUUUGGCCUCUCACAGCUUGGCGAUGAGAGGUUUCGAAUGUUUAAAUGGAUCUCGGGCAGUUUUAAAGACUAUCAGAAUUUCAAGCUAAACAACGCGCGAAACUGGUCGCCGUUUCGAAUUGGGAGCGAACAAUAUUUCACUGUAGCGAACUAUUACCGGGGCCCGUGCUCCAUAUUCCGCUAUGAGAAAUCAAAAAGCAAGUUCGUAAACGAGACAUUCUCUUUGGAAUGCCACAGAACAAUAGACGUCAAGCCAUUUCAUUUGGGAGGUGUGCAAUACAUUGCCGUCGCUAAUAAAAGACCUUAUUCUACGGUGAUUUGGCGUUGGAAUGGAAGAAAGUUUGAGCCAAUGCAAACAAUAUCAGUAACAGGAAUGCAAGUCGAAGUCUUCGAAGUGAAUGGCGAAACACUUCUUGCUCUUUCAGGUUCUACGGAGGAAGGUCCAUAUGUUUACAUUUAUCAGUGGAACGGAACAAGAUUUGAAUUUAUCCAACGCGUAUUUACGCAAGAUCGUCCGCACAAUCUGGCCGCGUUUGAGGCUGGAAACGAGGAAUUCCUUGCAGUCACGACCUUGCCAAUGAAAUCAAACGGUGGACGCAGGAAUCGUAUCCUCAUACUGAAAUGGAGUGGCAACAAGUUUGAAUCGUUUCAGAAUAUAACCGCUCAUUGGGCAAGACGAAUCACAGCCAUGUCCAGUCCGUUAAUGGGAAAAAGAAAGACGACCUAUCUGGCAAUCAUUAACUUUUCUAACGACCCCGAGAUUUAUUAUUGGGUCAAUAAAUCAAGCACGAAAUUCGACAAAUUGCAGGACAUUCCUGCAAGUAUGGCCAAAGAUAUAAGCUUCUUUGAAAUGGGAAACAGUCUUUAUAUGUUAAUGUCUUCUCGAAAAAACAUUGAAAUAUUCCGUGGUGAAGUAGUUUAAACGAGAUGCCAGCAUAUGUGCUGAAGCAUGACGUAGAACAUACGGGACUCUUCGGUUGCCUUAUAACUAUACAUAUUAUAAUAUAUUCUUAUUUACGUUAGUAUGAUGGGAAAGGGUAUUAAGUCACGAAACUAUUGAAACGAAGAGCAAAUUGAACAGUUUCUAAGACGAGAAGGGGCAGUUUUCAGACUUUUUUAAAAACGAAUAUCAGAACGAGCUUCCUUGUUUUCUGCAAGGCAACAUUGAAAUUUGAUUAAUUUUUCUCGUUAAUUUAGUAUAGCGGUUGGUGAUUACAAAUUCCUCUGAAGUUAAUAUUAACACGAAAGUUUCUUCUCACUUGUAAUCACCAACUCAAUUUGUUUAAAGUUUUUUGUUGUUUCAAACGCAUUCCCAAGAAAUAUUGUCUCGCAAAAGAUAUUUUGUUGAUAAGCAUUUUGAGCUUAUGGCAACCAAGGAGAUUGAAAUGACUGAUGAGUUAACAGUUUGCGUAUUCUAUAAGAACUGUUUAUAAUUUGGCCUUUUAUUUGUAAUCUUGUAUGUCAACAACAUGAUUUGCCAUUUUUGCUUAUUUAGAGUUUGUUCUUGAGAAAUUUGCUUUUUAAACACAAAUACAGCUAAUCAAUAUAGACACCUUAAAGUGAAGAAAAUUGCAUUUGUAAAAAUAGAGAUGUUUGAUAAAGUCUUUUUGGCGAAAAUUUUUUCGUAUAUUCCUAUUUUCUGUGAUGAGAAAUUUCACUGUUUUGACGAAACGCGGUUCUCAUAAAUCAAAGUUCAACGUUUAUAUACGUAUUUGGCAUCAUCACAUUUUCCGAUGACCUUUGACACGCGUGAUCCUCGCGUGGAACGAACGCGCAAAUGUGUUUAACGUUACAAAAUACACACACGAUCCGCGAAAAGACGUCAAAACGUGAAAAAAGUAGACGAGGUCAUAAAAAAAUGAAUAAAACUGUUAUUUGUCUUGUUUUUCCA